CUGUGCCAAUCACAGCUGAUCACAUCAGUGCCACCUGUCAGUGUCCAUCAGUGCCAGCUCUCGGUGCUCAUCCAUGCCACCUGCCAGUGCCCAUCAGUGCCACACCAAUGCCACAUUUCAGUGCCCAUCAGUACUGCAUCAAUGCCACAUAUCAGUGCCCCUCUGAGCUGCUUUCAAUAUCACUCAUCAGUGCCAGUCAGUGCCACCUAUCAAUGCCAGUCAGUACCACCUAUCAGUGAUGCCAAUUAGUGCCACCUAUCAGUGC